AUGGUUGAUAAGGUACUUCGAGCAACUCUAAGAGCUCAUAGCUCUCCUAUUACAUGUAUUGUGCCGUUCUAUAUACCCUCUACAUUAACAUAUACCUUCUCCGAAGAUGAAACAAGAGAUUAUCCGUUACUAAAUCCGAGUCUGAUGACAGCUGACGAGUCAGGAUUGGUUAUUUGGUGGAAUAUUUUAACACGUCGCCCAUUAGGAUUGUGGAAAGCACAUUCUGGCUCAAUUUUAACCAUUGAGCAGCUAGGUAUUGACUGGGAAUCAAAUGGCUCGCAUGAUUUCAGCAUACCGAAAAUCACAGAGUCUUAUGGCCAGUUACUCACCCACUCUAAAGACGGAAGCAUAAAAAUAUGGAACAUGAUCAACUUGGUUGAAGGUUCUACUGCUAAAUCGGGAUUCACCUACUCAUGUCUGUUGAAAAAGAAAAUCAGCUUAGCCGAUUCUGAAAUACCCGUCCCUACUCCACCACUGCUUUAUGAGAUACCUGUCAAUGCCAUGAAUUUUACCAAUGUGGACAUGAAUUUGAAUGGAUACUUAUUAACACCAGCUACUACAGAUUCUGAAGGAUGGGAUCUUUAUAAAAUCAAUUUGAAAGAAAUAGAGGAAUAUAAAAAGUUGAAACGGUUGAUUCAAAACCAUCAGCCAAACCUACACUCAACCGAAAAAAUGGUGGAGAUUGGAGAAGAUGAUCAGGAGGCAAUGGGUUUCACAAAACGGGGUAGACUGGGAGUGAUAAUGAAAACUGCUUGGAUCGGUCUAAAUCGCUUUCUUGUUGGUUACGAAAGUGGAGUCGUUGUAGGUUACGAAGUUUAUCAAGAAGUUAAUGAAAAUGAUGGAAACUUGUCCACUCAGACAAAAAACUUUUUAUAUAACAAUGAUCUCGAAGGGAACCCUAUAACUGCAAUGUGCAUUGACAAAGCCAAUAGGAAAAUUCUUUGUUCGUCGGCAGGUAGUAAAGUUUCUAUUAUGGAUCUGAAAUCUAAGGACUAUUGUUCGAAAAUAUUCGAAACCAAGCACAAAGGAAUCAGCAGCAUAGACUGUGAUUCAUUUAGCAAUGCUGUUGGUCUUAUAACCUGGGAUGGAUAUACAAGAUUUUACAACUAUGAUGAGAAAUUAGUGCUCAAGUUUUCUUCAAAAAUGCGUCGGCAACUACCUGCGAUCUCCAAUUCAAAGGAAGUGAUUGAUGAUCAAAAUAGUGAGGUUACGUUAGUCAAUAGUUUACAGACCCAACGAGCAAGCGUCAUCAAAUUCACAAGAAAACAACUUGAUCCACGAGAGGCGAAACUUGCCGGUAUGAAUAUGCUGUACAAUAACGGUAGAAGCAAGAAUAUUGUUAAAAGAAACAAAGAGGAGGUCUUUGGCGAAAGGUGGUUGUUUGUCGGCUACCAAGAUGGCAAAGUGGCAAUGUAUUCCAUUAAAUAA